UCUAACAGACAACCAAUCUACUAAGCUAACAUAUGGAAUUGUUUUAAGAUGGUCAUACCCAGGAUCAUUUACCUAUUUGAUUUUUAAUUUUAGGACCCAUUUAGCUAUCAUAUGUAACAAAUAAUAAAAUAAAUAAUAUUUGAUGAAACAUUGAAUUUGGCCAACAGAUUCAUACAUGGAAAAACAGAUCAGUAUAUAUAUAUAUAUAUAUAUAUAUAUAUAUAUAUAUAUAUAUAUAUAUAUAUAUAUAUAUAUAUUUUUUCUUUUUACCCAUAUUUAACAAACACAAUUUGUCACUAAACUACUUCCAUAUGUACUUCCAUAAUUCUUUUUAAACCGGUACCGGGCUACAUUCAGACGGGUCUUGUGCGGCUUGUGGGCGUCCUAGAGCAAAACAACCAACAUGUACCUGUUCAUACGAGUCUCCCCUUUCCAUAGAGGGGUGUUGUGUAGCCCAAACGGUUCGUACGCUACGUACAGAAGUUGGCAGCCCAAACUGUUCGUACGCUACGUACAGAAGUUGGCAGCCCAAACGGUUCGUACGCUACGUACAGAAGUUGGCAGCCCAAACUGUUCGUACGCUACGUACAGAAGUUGGCAGCCCAAACUGUUCGUACGCUACGUACAGAAGUUGGCAGCCCAAACGGUUCGUACGCUACGUACAGAAGUUGGCAGCCCAAACGGUUCGUACGCUACGUACAGAAGUUGGCAGCCCAAACUGUUCGUACGCUACGUACAGAAGUUGGCAGAUCGGCUGUACCGACAUCAAACUUGUCCCGUGCCUCAAAACGGAGAACACCGUCGUGUUCGUGAGUCUCAUCUUUCCAACCCCAUGCAAAAAACAAAACAUGUAUCUAGAUUAAACAGAUGGAUUUUGAUGGGGAAUUUUUUUAUGUUGCUAAUAAAAUGUCAGUGGAGCACGGACAUCAACUGUAGAGGGCUAAAUUAUCUCUUUAAUUUGACAAAAUAACAAUAAUAAUACAAUUGUAAAAUAAAUAACAAUGAAACAAAAUAACAGUGUUUCGGUGUCAAGUCUCAAUCAUAAGCUAGGUUUCCAUCCAGUUGAUGACAGAUCUUCAUGUGAAUAUUCUAAAAUCCUGCAUAAAAAUUAUAUGCAAAUUAUUAUUCUACAAUGUAAUAAUAUAAUAAUAAUAUGCCAUUUAGCAGACGCUUUUAUCCAAAGCGACUUACAGUCAUGCGUGCAUACAUUUUUGUGUAUGGGUGGUCCCGGGGAUCGAACCCACUACCUUGGCGUUACAAGCGCCGUGCUCUACCAGCUGAGCUACAGAGGACCACAUUUUUACUAGAAAAUAGUAAAAAUAAAGAAAAACCCUGGAAUGAGGAGGUGUGUCCAAACAUAUACAGUAUUUUAGUCCCAAAACCAUAUUUGACAUAUUUCUUGAUAUUCUUAAAAAUACAUGACGCAUGACAAGAUUGACCAACUUGCUCACUAAUUUUCUCCAAAAAUCACAUCACCUGGUGAUGUUUUGUAGGGGUGGGGUUUAAGGCACAUUAAUUCUACAGUUUUUUGUGUGUGUUUUGGUUAGUGACAUCAAAAGUGGGGACAACAUUUUUCAGAGAAAGAUGUUUAAAAAAUAAACAGAAAAAACGAAUUAGAUCAAUAUCAUUGAAUGUAAUAGAACCACUACAGAUGUUCUAUUGAAGUAACAGGACUAUGGUCUCCCCUCAGAUCACUACAGGAGGGGGGACUGUGGUCUCUGACUCUGCAGAGUUACAUACACAUCAACCACGUGGCUGAAACGGCUGGCACCAUCAAUACACUCUGUGGCAGCCCAGACAGGUGAGAUAUCAGUACUACUUUAACCUUGACAGGUGAGAUAUCAGUACUACUUUAACCCUGACAGGUGAGAUAUCAAUACUACUUUAACCCUGACAGGUGAGAUAUCAGUACUACUUUAACCCUGACAGGUGAGAUAUCAGUACUACUUUAACCCGACAGGUGAGAUAUCAAUACUACUUUAAACCCUGACAGGUGAUGAUAUCAGUACUACUUUUAACCCUGACAGGUGAGAUCUCAGUACUACUUUAACCCUGACAGGUGAGAUAUCAGUACUACUUUAACCUGACAGGUGAGAUAUCAGUACUACUUUAACCCUGACAGGUGAGAUAUCAGUACUACUUUAACCCAGACAGGUGAGAUAUCAGUACUACUUUAACCCUGACAGGUGAGAUAUCAGUACUACUUUAACCCUGACAGGUUGAGAUAUCAGUAGUACUUUAACCCUGACAGGUGAGAUAUCAGUACUACUUUAACCCUGACAGGUGAGAUUAUCAGUACUACUUUAACCCUGACAGGUGAGAUAUCAGUACUAGAUUUAACCCAGAAGGUGAGAUAUCAAUAUACUUUAACCCUGACAGGUGAGAUAUCAGUACUACUUUAACCCUGGACAGGUGAGAUAUCAGUAGUACUUUAACACUGACAGUGAGAUAUCAAUACUACUUAACCCUGAAGUAGAUAUCAGUACUACUUUAACCCUGA